CUUCCUUCCAUCAAUUUCACUUCCACAUCCGCAAAGAACACAUGCAAGAUUUUCACGAUGAAAAAUCUGUAGAAGUGUAGAAAUUUAACCAAUUCUAACCUAACACUGACCUAACCUAAUCUAACCCUGUCAUAUAAGAGAAUAAGAGCUGGAAAAAUGUGCGCAACUUUCGAUAUACUCUCGUCAAAAUUAUCUUAAAAAAAUAACGUGAACAAAUUUCAAAGAAUUAAAUGUUCGUAUGCUCCUGAAAUGUCCUGAAUCUUUGCAUUUGUUCGAUCUACAAUCAAAAAGUAGAAACACGUGCGAAGAAAUGGCGUGUCACGACGAAAAGUGCGGAGACUGCUUAUUUGAUUCUGGCGAGGAUAAGGAUAAACAGAAGGGCGUUUGUCUUCUAAAAAAAGAAUUUAUUAUCGAGGAUCAUGUGAGACAAUUAAAUGAGCAACGCUUGACGGAGACAGAUAAGAAAAUAUCUGUGAAUGCAAGCACAGAAGAUGCAGAUCCACUAUCAUAUGAUGAAAUACCUGUUAAGAAACCUAAACUGGAGGAUAAGAAUGAGAAACUCAGGGGUCAAAAUAAGGCUAGACCAGUUCCAUUUAAAAUUGCCAGAGAAUUGCAUCUAUGUCCUUGGAUUGCGGAUCAAACAGUAGAUGAGUCUGAAAAAAAAUGCCUGAAUCAGCGCUGCACAUAUCUCCAUGAUCGAAAAGAAUAUCUGAAAAUCAGACCAAGCGACAUUGCUGAAGAAUGUCAUCUUUUUAAUUUGGCCGGCAAGUGUCCGAGAGGAAUCACGUGUAGAAUGGGCUCGCGACACAUAACCGAGGAUGGUUUUAACAUUAUUGACGAGAAGAAAUUUGAGGAAUAUACAAACCGCCCGCCACCCAUAAAAAAUCACUUAUCCAAAGAUCUACAAAACAAAUUACGCAAACGUAACUUUAACUUUUCCAAGGCAGAGACAAUUGUCAAAGUUAACGAUCCAUCUAAGAACAAGACACAACUAAAUAAUUCAGAUAAUGAAACAGACAACAAAACAAAAAUAAAUAAUUUUAAUAACUGUAAUAACUCGUGUGAUGAUACAAAAGAAUUGAAGCUCGGACCCGUGGAUGAUAGUGAUUUAAUUAAAUUACGACAGGCGGAGAAGAAGAGAAUCGACUGGAAUGGCAAAAUAUUGUUGAGUCCUUUAACCACAGUGGGCAAUUUACCGUUUCGAAGGAUCUGCAAAGAGUACGGGGCUGACAUCACUUGUGGCGAAAUGGCAUUGGCACCGAAGAUACUAAAGGCGGCACAGGAGGAGUGGGCCUUGGUAAAGCGACACGAGAGCGAGAAUAUCUUCGGGGUGCAGCUCUGCGGUAAUAAUCCUGGAGUACUGACUCGAUGCGCCCAAUUGUUGAACCAGGAGAUCGACGUGGACUUCAUCGAUUUGAAUCUCGGUUGUCCGAUUGACCUAAUUUACAGAAAGGGCGGUGGUAGUGGUAUGCUUAAUCGACUGCAUGUACUCGAGAGCGUGGUAAAGUCUAUUAGUCAAGUGUUGGACAUACCGUUAACUAUUAAGACCAGAACUGGAAUUUACAUAGAUAAACCGAUCGCACAUCAGUUAAUGCCGAGGUUUCGAGACUGGGGUGCAUCUAUGAUUACUAUUCAUGGCAGGUCCCGUGAACAAAGAUACACGAAACUAGCCAAUUGGGAGUACAUAGAGAAAUGUGCUGUGGCGGCGCAGCCGAUACCCGUGUUCGGAAAUGGCGAUAUCCUCUCCUUCGACGACUACCAACGAAUGAGAAAGAUCUGCGGUUCAGUGCAGGGAGUCACUAUCGGACGUGGAGCAUUGAUUAAGCCGUGGAUCUUCACCGAAAUAAAGGAAAGAAAAUUGAUCGAUAUAUCAAGCGGCGAGAGAUUUGAUAUUCUCAAAAAGUAUGCAAAUUACGGCCUUGAACAUUGGGGAUCCGAUACACGUGGCGUCGAAACCACCAGAAGAUUUAUGUUGGAAUGGAUCUCUUUCCUUCACAGAUAUAUCCCGGUUGGAAUUCUAGAGAGACCGCCACAAAGAAUUAACGAGAGGCCGCCCUUCUACAGAGGCCGCGAUGAUAUGGAGACAUUGAUGGCCAGUUCCAAUUGCGCAGAUUGGGUGAAAUUAUCCGAAAUGUUACUCGGAAAAGUGCCUGAUGGAUUCCAUUUUUUACCAAAGCAUAAGGCAAAUUCGUGGAAAUAAAAUACAUUACAGAAAGAAAUUAUAAAGAAACAUUGUCGAGUCGAAUGAUAUUGUACAAAUUUUCACAACAUUAUGAAAGAAAAAGGAAUUUUUUACGAUAAAAUGUGAAUAUUUGUUAUAUUUCAUUCACAUAUUUGCUUUUGUAAUACAAUAAAUAAAUAUUUUUGAACAAGACUUUGCUGCAAAUAUAUGCGAACGACGAAUCUUCGCUAUACUUUUGCAUUAUAUAGCGAAAAUUUACUAAUAUACGAAUUUACUAUUGAA